AUGAUGAACGGCUACGAGAAACACAGCUUUGACGACGAGCCCGAACCCGGCAGCUUUGUCAAGGCCUUCGAUGCCUUUCCCAAGUCGAAACCUCAGUAUGUAACGCGCACCGCUGGCGGCGGCAAGUGGACCGUCGCCAUGGCCCUCGUCUCCCUCGUCCUCGUCUGGGCCGAGCUGGGCACCUGGUGGCGGGGCACCGAGAACCACACCUUUGCCGUCGAGAAGGGCGUCGGCCACAGCAUGCAGAUCAACCUCGACAUCGUGCUGCGCAUGCAGUGCAAGGACCUGCACGUCAACGUCCAGGACGCCUCGGGCGACCGCAUCCUCGCCGCCUCGAGGCUGCAGGAGGACGCCACCAACUGGGCCCAGUGGGUGGACAACAAGGGCGUCCACAAGCUGGGCAGGGACACCCACGGCAAGGUUGUCACCGGCGCCGGCUUCCACGACGAGGGCUUCGGCGAGGAGCACGUCCACGACAUUGUUGCCCUGGGCAAGAAGAAGCCCAAGUGGAGCAAGACCCCCCGGAUCUGGGGCCGCGGCCCUGCUGACAGUUGCCGCAUCUACGGCAGCUUGGAUCUCAACAAGGUGCAGGGUGAUUUCCAUAUCACGGCCAGAGGUCACGGAUAUGCUGAGUUCGGCGAACAUCUGGACCACAACGCAUUCAAUUUCUCCCACAUUGUCAACGAGCUGUCCUUCGGGCCAUUCUACCCCUCGCUCGUCAACCCUCUCGACCGCACCGUCAACGUGGCAGAAAACCACUUUCACAAGUUCCAGUACUUCAUGUCCGUCGUGCCCACCGUCUACACGGUCGGCCACUCGCAUUCCGCCUCCCGGACCAUCUUCACGAACCAGUAUGCCGUGACAGAACAGAGCCACCAGAUCAACGAGCGCAUGGUCCCCGGCAUCUUCUUCAAGUACGACAUUGAGCCUAUACUUCUCACGGUCGAGGAGAGCCGCGACGGUUAUCUGACCUUCUUGAUCAAGGUCAUCAACGUGCUCUCAGGAGUGCUGGUUGCCGGCCACUGGGGCUUCACGCUCAGCGACUGGGUCAAGGAGGUCAUUGGCCGUAGGAGGAGACAACAGAGCCAGGGCAUGAUUGGCAACGAGAAGGGCUCGUAUCACGACUGA